UCGUCAAGGUCUGCCUUGCCGUAGUGCAGUUAAAUGAAUAGUUAUUUUCAUCUCACUCCUCGGGGCGCGCAGUGGUUCUGGAAAGAUUUCCUAGGAAUAUUGCAUUCUAAUGAGGAAUAUGUCGUCGUGUUAACGGGUUAUCUAGAUCUAUAUCCAGAACCAUUUCAAUAUUUAUCAGUUUAUCUGUCAGUUGACUUUUAACAUUGACUUAUUUUAUUAAUGCCGGGAAACUAGGAAAAAGCUAGAGGUACAAUAGCUUACACAGGACAGCGGUCGGCACACGGCUUGUUCUUCUGUUUUCUCCGGAGAAGGAUAGAACCAAACAAAAGGCGGUCCAAGAUAAAGAGAUAACUGUCUCAGAAUGAAUAACAAUACUGAGAAAGAGAACGAAUCGAAUGAAUUCACCAGUCAUGAAGAGGAGGUCCGCACGUUAUUUGUCAGUGGACUACCUCUGGAUAUAAAGCCGCGGGAGCUGUAUCUCCUGUUCAGACCAUUUAAGGGUUAUGAGGGAUCAUUGAUAAAACUCACCUCAAAACAGCCAGUGGGGUUUGUCAGCUUUGACAGCCGAUCAGAGGCAGAAGCUGCCAAGAAUGCCUUGAAUGGUGUCCGCUUCGACCCGGAGAUCCCCCAGACUCUGCGGCUGGAGUUUGCCAAAGCCAACACCAAGAUGGCCAAGAACAAGCUGGUGGGCACUCCCAACCCUCCUCCCUCCCAGCAGAGCCCUGGCCCACAGUUUAUCAACAGAGACCCAUAUGAGCUCACAGUACCCGCUCUGUACCCUGGCGGCCCAGACAUGUGGGCGUCAUACCCGCUGUACCCGGCGGAGCUGUCGCAAGCCCUCCCUCCUGCUUUCACCUACCCCUCCUCACUUCACACUCAGAUUCGCUGGCUCCCUCCUGCAGAUGGAACUCCCCAGGGAUGGAAGUCCAGGCAGUUCUGUUGAGGUUCAUGAUGUGUGAUGGUGGCCACGGUCGGCCUUGAUGGUGUUGCUGGCGGUUCUCAUGUCCAAACCAGGAGGAUUCCUGACCUUGUUUACCGCACAGUGGACCGUUGGCAACAACAACCUCACGGGCCUCAGGACAUUCCAGACCCAAGCCGCCAUCACACAUCGCCCCCUCCCACCCCCACCCCC